AAGAAGACCAUACAUGUACAGUAGGUGGCUAUGCUGGGUUGCCCUGAGCCCAGCCCGUCAAAGCCUUGCCUGCAUCGGUCUAUCUUGCUCUCACAAUGGACGGUCGCAAGUUCGAGGAUGACUUGCGCGAACUCAUCGAUUACUUCUGGCCCGUCCAACUCUCCAACGCCUCUACCGGCACGAAACACACGAGGAGACAUUACAAGCCAACCUUCAGAGCGCUCAAGAAAUGCUGGACGAUCAACGUGUACACCAGCAAAGUGUGCAAGCUGAUCUGGCUGAAGCCAGGGAGACCAUCGAAGAAGCACAAAACCGGAUCGACGAGCCCAACAAGGCGACCGAAGCGCGAUCCGAAGAAAUCGAACAGCAACGAGCUGCGAUAGCGGAGGCCGAAAGAAAUAUCACAAAUUAUGACAACCAGUUGAGGCAGUCAACCGAAGCGCAGCGUGAACUCGAAGCACCUUUAGCAGCGCGAACGACCGAAUUGGAUACGGUUGCAGAUUACGUUUCCAGCAUGGCCGAAGUCGUUUGCCACAGGAACCAGCUCCUGAUAGGAGCGGGUCAAGAUUCGCCGGCUGUGCGGACAAGAUACGACAGAAUACAAGAUCUUGGUUUGGGGGGUUUGAUUGGUAAAUAUUCCAACCAUCUUCUGCUAGGUUGUGCCCACUCUGACCCAAAUGAACGUUGUAGGAAGCCCACAAGCCUCAAUUCAAGAUGCGCCCCGGGCGUCAAGCUCCUCCUCUUCCUCCGCCCCACCCACCCAGCCGAUCCGACUGUAGCCAUACAUCAGUGUAGAGGCUACCUGGCUGCACAUCGUGCAGUCGGUGCGACAGAUCAUCCAGAGCGGCGUCUGGGUGCCGCUCUUGCCCGGCGAGAUGCACUCGACUGUAGGCGUCGGCGAGAGCCCGCUCUCCACCGUGCGCAGGAUUGCAAAGCGUACACUGUCGGAGCAGCGCCGGCUGAACGAGAUGAUCCAAGAUGUCCGCGAGACGGCGUCCGUGCUACUCACGGACCACGGCGGCAUGCCGCACGACUACGACCCACAGCACGCGUUCGACGUGGUUACAGCGUUUGGCGCACGCAUCAUGGAGCCGGUGCGCCUCGCCAAGCGGCACGCGGUCAGCGAGGAGCAGCUGCGCGACUCGAUCCAAGCGCUGCAGCGCUCUCUGUCGGAGCUGAAGGCGAUCGUGCGCCAGUACACGUCCACGCCUGUACGCCCGGCGCGCACCGGGUUCUAAACACGGGCGUGGAGGCGCGUUCCGGGGCUCUAGGCUGAACGUGGGGGCCGGCACAUGAAUGAAUCUAUACGUAUAUUCCAUCUGGGUUAUGGAUUAGGUGAUAUUUAUAAACUCUGUCGCCAUCUGUCUGUACAUGACUCGAG